AUGGUCACAGGGGAAAUGAAGCCAAAAAAAAAAGUUGUCGGUGGAAUAAGCACAAAUAUUGCAAAAUACCCAUUUACAAUAUCAUUACGAAGUAAAGAGGAUCAUAUGUGUGGUGGAAUACUAAUUAAAGAAGAUUGGAUUUUAACAGCUGCGCACUGUUUAAUGAUGGCCUCCGAAUGCUACAUGAAGCUGAGAAAAGCUAUAUUUUAUCAGGCACUUGCAGGUACUACAUUUUCUGAUGAUAAAACGAAAGUUGGCCAAAUAAAACAAUGCAUUUAUUUCUAUACACAUCCUGAAUAUGAUCCAGAAACUCUUAUGAACGAUAUAGGCUUGGUCCAAAUAGAGAGUCCUUUCCGAACAGGAGAAAAUGUACAAGUCGCAAAAAUAUCCAACUAUUACGAGAAGUAUGCUGGUGAUGAUGUGCCUGAAAAUACUAAUGAAAUUGUACAGUAG